AUGAUGGGUGUGUUGUUGAUAGAGCCGCGGAGGUGCAUCGGCCUCUCGAGAGUGAGACCGGGGAGAGAGAAUAGCUUGAUCAUGUGUAACGGUGCUUUAGGGCUCGAAGUCAUCAACAAGUGGACAAUCAUGGAACUCGGCCGGGUCGUCCUCAAGAGAAUCAAUGUCAAGCAAGGCAAGAACAGGCUUCUUGCAGCAGUGACCAGGUUGAAACAACUCAUCGCAGUGGAAACAGAGCCCGUUUGUUCGCCGGUCCUGGGCCUCGGUUGGGGAGAGGCGACGUAA